AUGGAGACGAAAAAAAUAAAAUUGGAAGAGGCUCUUCCAGAGGAAGUGUUGGUGAAAAUCUUCUUGGCUGGAUUUCCAUUGAGAGGCAUCGCGAGACUGAGAUCAGUGUGCAAAGGAUGGAAAUCGAUAAUCGAUUCGGACUGCUUCCGAGAUCUCUACGUGUCUCUGAAGAGGCUGUCCGUGUCGUGGUCGAUCAUGAACAACAAGAACCCCACACUGUCGCUGGAAAUCGUGGGACACCACGGAUGCUCGAGAUGGGGUCUGACCAGUUCUCUCGGCUCUUGGCUCAUGCGCUACAGCCCCGAGACGACAGUGAGAAAAACUUCGGUCUUGAGCUGCGCGGAUGGGUUGGUACUGCUUUACACAGAAACCGAGGAAGGAGCUCCAAUGUAUCAUGUCGGAAACCCGUUGCUGCAAGAGUGGGUUCGAAUCCCUCUCCCACCGCAUCUCUCAGGUUAUGAUGUGGUGAGGUUGCAGGAGAAAAGAAUUGUGUUCAGCGACAGUGGACUAGUCACGAAGAUGGAGAAGGGUGUUGUCGUGGGGUACAAGGUAGUGUGGGUGUUGCCCUCACAUAAUGUGUCUAAACAAGUCGAUUUUCUGGUAUAUUCCUCUGAAACAGGAUUAUGGGAAACCCUAGAGAAGGUGCGUUGCCUCUAUUCCAUGAUAUGGUCUAGACUAGAGCACUCGGUUCCUCUGAACGGGAUUCUUCACUGGCUUGCUGCGUCUCAAAACGACCAGGACUCGAAUUAUGUUGCAUGCUAUGAUUUCUACAAGGGAGGCGAGGAGUGUCGUGUCAUUCCUUUUCCUGGUAUGACCGGACUUGAACGUUUCAGGAGAACAAUCACAACCACUGCAGGAUUCCUUGUGUACUGCAACGUUUUCAACGAUGAUAAUGGAGGCUGUACGAUCAUGGUUUGGAGGUUGGGGAAGAAGUACUGUGAUGAUGAUGCUAACGCCUCGUGGAGACUGUCCUGGAGACUCAACACCAACUCGUGCGAGUCUUUGGUCGGGCUCGGUGUGGAUUAUUUCCCCGUGGUCAUGCAUCCUUUGUACCACGACGUAAUAUACCUGUGGAGUAGGGACAAGGACGCACUCGUCUUGUUAAACUUUAGCAAUCGCAAGUAUGGUCUUCUCAAGGAGGGAUCAUUAUAUAGAUCUAUGGAUGGUUGCUUGGUGAGACUUAGCGGUUGCAAGGAGUAUAUGGACUCCGUCUAUAAAGCUUAUACCAAAGCCACUUUAGUCGGCGGUGGUAAUCACUUUCUCUACUUUUCACAGUUCGUGCUCCCACGCUGGCUAAACCCGCUCCCUCGCCUUUCUUCUUGA